AUGUCUGAUCACAAUAUCGACUGGGUUGAUCGCCUCAAGCCCGCCGCCCCAGAUGGCGCAACAACGAUAACAACAGAGCGCAGCAGAUCGAAUCUCGACGUUGACUCCUUGGCACAGCAUCUGCUAGGAACUGAUUUCCUCGAGCGUCAAGAUCGUAUCCUCGCUCAAAUCAAGCUCGACCCUCUCUUCUCGAAAGACAGACAGGCAAAUCUUGGUCGUCCGGAACGAUACAUGCUUGGAUUGGCGCGCUCAAAGCGCAUGCGCCAAAUGGCCGAUAGAUACAACUGGUCUGAGGAGGACUACGAAACUGCAAAGUAUCUUGUCGAUGACAUCUCCCCAUACCAGCUCCACCAAACGAUGUUCCGCCAGACACUGCUCGAGCAGACGAGCCCGGAGCAGAAGAAAUAUUGGAUGGAUCUGCAUGAAUCGUGGACAAUUGUCGGUGCAUAUGCGCAGACCGAGCUUGGUCAUGGCAGUAAUGUCAGCGGCAUUGAGUUGAUUGCGCGCUGGGAUCCGAAGACGAAGGAAUUCAUCUUGCAUUCUCCUACGCUUACGGCUAGUAAGUGGUGGAAUGGCUCGCUAGGACGGACUGCGACGCAUUCAAUUGUCGCUGCGCAGCUGCUUCUGCCGGAUGUUGUUGAUGGCAAGGGGGAAACAGUAUACAAGAGUUACGGCCCUCAUAUGUUUGUGACGCGGGUCCGCGAUCCUGAAACUCACAAGCCUCUGCCGGGAAUUGUGAUCGGUGACAUUGGGCCGAAAUAUGGAUAUGCGUCCAUGGAUAAUGCCUAUAUGCUUUUCAAUAACUUCCGUAUUCCCCACAACGCCAUGCUCAGUCGUUACAGCCGGGUAGAUCCUGAGACAGGGAAAUAUUAUAAGCCUGAGAACAAGGCUGUCCUUUACGGCUCCAUGACACAUGCCCGCAAGCGUAUUACUAUGGCAGCUCGUCUUGCCCUUGCCCGGGCAGUGACUGUCGCCGUUCGAUACUGCUCAAUCAGACGCCAGUUCCAUGAUAAAGAAGCGCGCUCUCCUGGUGGCUAUGAAACAGCAGUUUUAGAUUACCCGACUGUUCAGAUUCGUCUGCUACCUCUUCUUGCUACCUCAUACGCUCUGCAUUAUACCGGGGAACGAAUGGGACAAAUCUACGAAGCUACGCGUUCCAAUGUUGACGGAGGAGAUCUGUCAUCUUUGAUUGAUCUGCACAGUCUGUCGUCUGGUCUCAAGAGUCUGGUAAGCGAGUUGGCUGCCAAUGGCAUCGAGACCUGCCGGCGAUCCAUGGGAGGUCACGGAUACGGCGGAGGAAGCGGUCUCGUUCAACUGAACGCGGACUAUCUAGCAAAGCCUACCGUCGAGGGCGAUAACUGGAUGAUCACCCAGCAAAUGGCGCGCUAUUUGAUAAAGAAGGUGACACUGAUUUCUUGCUCUACUACGAAUUUCGUCCCAUCAAAUCGAACGGAGAGCGUCUUGCAUGAAUACUACAUGACCAAAUCCACAGACCCCAAGCCACUGGAUAUAUUUAGCGAUGAUGGCAACAUCGUGAAGGCAUUUGAGCGACGUGCGGCCUAUCUUAGUUUCGAGGCGCACCAUGCCCAUCACGUCCAAAAGCGGAGCUGGAAGUCGCUUUUGAUUCAAAUGCACCAAUUGAGUCAUGCGCAAUCAGAAAUGAUUUUGGUUCACAACUUCUUCGACAGCCUCACUGCUGAUACCACGUUGCCACCAGCGACUCGAAACAUCCUCUGGCUGAACUUCCGCCUCUUCGCUCUAUGCACCACGGGCAAGUCUACUCGUGACUUUGCUCGCGCCAGUGCUGUGUUGGAAACGCAGCUGGAUGCGAUACCAGAUACUAUUGUCAAUAUUAUGCAAGAGAUGCGGCCACAUGCUGUUCGUCUGGUUGACGCGUGGUCUAUCCCGGAUUAUCUACUUGACAGUGCGUUGGGACGUUCCGAUGGCAGAGUUUAUGAAGAUCUCUUCAAUCGGGCUCAUCGUCUCAAUCCUUUGAAUACUCUCACCUUCAAUCCCGACUACCGGACCGACGAAUUGGUCAAGGGCUCGAAUGACGGCGGUGCAAUUUUGUCCAAGUUAUAG